GCCGAGGCGAACACUGCCAGUCUGCCUCGUUCUUGGCCGCGUUCGUGGCCUCACUGUCGGCCUCACAUCUGCCUACAGCACUCCAAGAAAAGACAACGCAGAAAGAUUGAGGCCAAAACUCCCGCUCCCACAGCUCUGCAUAUAUCAGCAGCGACGACCCACCUUUCGCACAAAGCUAAUCCCGCAGUAAUAUCAGUCUCAGGCAUGGUCGAACACCAUCCACCGCCGAAAUGAAUGUUCGCUGCAUUCUUCUGCUGCCUCGCAGUAAUGUCAGUCUCAGGCAUGGUCGAACACCAUCCACCGCCGAAAUGAUUGUUCGCUGCAUUCUUCUGCUGUCUCGCAGUAAUGUCAGUCUCAGGCAUGGUCGAACACCAUCCACUGCCGAAAUGAUUGUUCGCUGCAUUCCUCUGCUGCUGUUCGGCCCACGGUGGCUGUCUUGGUUGAGAGUUUUCGGGUUCAGCCCCUCAAAAUUUUGUGACACAACGUUUAAUUAUAAUCCACUAUGCAGAGUUUAUCGCCAACCUUCGAUCUUUGAAGUAAUUUGGGACGACUUGUUGGGAGAGGAUGGUUAUCGUCAUUAUGAUCCCUUUUUUGGGGGAUCUUUCAAUCUCUGGGACGACAAAAGACUGCAUUGUACAAUGCUGCAAACCUUACGCAGUAGGCUUUCGCUUCUAGGACGACUUCUACUGAGGUUGCUUUUAGCCUUGCCGGUCUUCCGACCUGCCACUUUCAUCGCAAUUUCGAUUUAUUUGAUUGCUUCUGUCUGGGUAGAUAUCACGGGUUCCGUGGAGUGCGUAUUCUUCUGCGGGUUCCUUCCCAUAUACGGCUGCUUAUGGUACUGUCUCCUGUGCGCUCUACUCGCAGAUCGGGACAGAAGUCUGCGGCUGCUCUGCUAUCCUGACAGCUAUCUUGACGAGUUAUCAACUUUCUCUGAAAAUAAGGAGUAUCACGAACUUGUACUAGAAGCGAGAAGACUACUCAGCGACUUAUCACCCGGGAGCUGCCUUUCAGAGCAGCUUCUUCUCUCACCGAAGAAAUAUCAAGCACUUCUUGAAGAAGCACAUUACGAAUUUCGAAGACAGCUUCUCCGUCUUGGAUAUGGUGACGACAAAAUCGACAGCCUCUGCGAGGAACUCAACCGUAUCCUGGCAGAAGCCCAAAGGAUCUUGAGCUUAAUGUGGAUUCUGGAAGCACUUUUGAAACUUUUGACUCUGGUCAUCAUGGUGUGCAUUUUUGAGUUUCCGAAUAAUCUACGGCCUCCGUCUACGACGAUGCCGUGGAUUAUCGUUCCCGCUCUCUUUGUUUUGUGGGGUGUGUGCUGGAUGUUCAUCAACCAUGAUUUCUAUUUUACUUUCGAGGAUAUUGAUGCGGACGAAUUAGAGAAUGCCGUUCUCUCCCUACAAAAUGAUCCGUUACUUGUUGAGAGAGUAGAUAACAACUCAGAGCGCUUCGAGACCCUUCGAGAUUUCGAUGCCAGUGGCCACGAUUCACUCGACAACCAGACAUGUCCUCUUCCGUUAGAAGAUUCUUUUGCUUUUGAGGACCAUAUGUUUGCUCUUCGAACCUUCCCAGAAAUGGAACACUCAUAUUUGGCUCAGACCGCAACCUUUGAGUCGCCCUGGCAGUUAGCAGAUGGCAACACCGCCAUGCUUGCUCACGAGAACCACUCACAGGAACUGAUGAAUUUCACAUCACCGGGGGUUGUGACAGGAGUAACACAGCAGAGAGUAUAUAGCCAACCUUUGUCUAUCCAGUCUCCAAAUGAUAUGUCACCCUCGACAACCGGUGGUGAUGCUCUCUGUUCCCCAGCCUACAGAGACAGUGUCGCCGUGAACACAGUUCACCAGAUGAAUAUUUCUCCACUGGCUGUCGUCAAAAACUUAAAAGAACCUCAGAAGGAAAGGUUUCACUGUGACUAUGCGGGUUGCGGGGAGUUGACUUUCAAAUAUGAGAGCCAGUUGAAAAAACAUGUCGAUCGCCACAAUCGCCCAUUCAGCUGCGAUGAAUGCGACGAAGCCUUUGGCGCCAAGAAGGACCUCAGACGGCAUCGAGAUACCAAGCACGAAAAAGAGACAGAAGUCUUUUGCACAAUCCCCGGCUGUAAACGCGGACAGAUCGGGUUCUCUCGUCGCGACAACUUGCUCAAACAUAUCCACAAUGUGCACGAGCAGAAAGGGGAGGAAAACAACCUUUCAAACUCGGCAUUCCCGAAAAGCGGCGCUGAGAAGUUGCCCAAGACGGCGAAGAAACGGAAGCGCAUGGAUGACGAUUUUGAGGAACUUAGUAGAGAGGAGCUCAUUGAGUCGCUGUUGGAGGAGCAGAGCAAAAACAAACGGUUGCUACAGGAGAUGGAGCAGCAGAAGGGGAGAUCGGAGGAAGAACUUAGAGGACAGCGGGAACGAUAUGAGAAGAAUGAGGAUAGGCUGUGGCGAAUGAUCGAGGAGAAGCAGUGAUGCGGAUUGAUUCGUAUGGAUUUUUGUUCGACUUAUAAGUUAGCUGAUCACUAUCAGCCCGCAUCCAGCUUCAAUUUAUUAUAACAAGCAACGAGAUGUUGCGGCCGGGGCUUCGCGCUCUGCAUUACUGAGCAAAGAUUAUAUAGAAUCCUGCGUUCUCUGCUAAAACGCCCAAUUUCUGGCGGAAUACGGGC